GUUCUAUUUGUCAACAGACGCGUUCUAAUCAGGCUUUGAUUAGUGUGCUUGGAGUGCGCCAUGGCAAUCUGAGGUCACCAGCACAAAUAUAUAUAUCUCUCUCUGUGGAUGUACUUGCUCACCACCCUCCAACCAAAAACUGGCUGUGCGCACCCCACUGAACAGCCCCCGAGCUGUAGAUCCUCCAGAGUAAGCAAAAUAUCGCAGGCGGCGUGUCCCCCCCUCCCACUGUUAGCUGGUGUGCGUCAGUUGCAGGUCUCCGAGGACUACCUGUGCAGGAGACAUUGUUGUCUGUGUUCACCUGUUGCGCGAUUUUCGCUUUCUUCGAGAACUGUGGUCGCGACAGCUCAGGGGUAUCGACGUACGUGGUGGUUGGUGGAGCUGCCCUUCCGAACACUCGACAGCGAGAGAGAGGGAGAAGCACUGGAUAAUUCAGGUCCAGGUGAAACAAAAUGGCUUCUGGGGAUGUUGAGUUGCUGCAGCUGAGGCGUUACGACACCAGUCAGCCAUGGGGCUUCCGUAUGCAGGGGGGCUCGGAGUACAACAUGCCGCUGUACGUCGCACAGGUGUCGCCCAAGUCCAUUGCCGACAAAGCUGGAUGUCGGGUAGGGGACGCCAUUCUUCAAAUCUGCGGAGCCGAAACGCAGGGCUGGUCACACACGCAGGCUAAACAGGCCAUGAUACGUGCCGGAAAUGACGUCGAUUUGGUCGUUCAGAGAGGGGUGGUCAGUGCCCAAGCCAUGCCGCCCCCGGAGCCGGAGCAGCGUGUGGAGCUGGACGAGGGCAGCAUCGACCCGGGUAUGAACGAGGGCACGAAGUUCCGCAACGUCAUGCCCAAGUCCUACCGCAUGCUGGAGGCGCAACUGGGUGGAGGGGGCGCGCAGUCCGCCCUGCAGCAGAAACGACAGCAACCCCCGCAUGCUGCUGCUGCUCCUCCCCCUGCUCCCGCCGCUCAGCCCGCAGAAGGUGGUCGACCAUCAUCUAUAUUUGACCGUAAAAAACAGGACAGAUCAGAUUAUCUUCAGGCAUCAGGCCCGACGAUCCAGAAGGCAUACGGCCAGAAAUACUGAUGUUCUGAGUUUGGCAUCCUCCUCAUUCAUCUUUCCUUUCCUUAAAGCCAUAAUUCAGUCGUGAGAUAGAAUACUCAGUAUGGCGGGUCUUUUAUAACACGAGUCCAUUUGUUUUUGCUGUUUAAAAGAAUGCAGAGGAAGUGCAAAUGCUGUGAGUACCUUUCCCAAGAUGCUUCCGUCUCCAUGGACACUAGACAGCCACAAACUUCGGCUACUCCAAUUUCUUUACAUCAGUCUUUCACUGAAGUUCAGUUAUCCCCUGUUCGUGGUAUUGUUUUCGCAGAAACGAGUAGCCGAUAGAACCGAGCAACCCCAAGUAUCAGCAGAAUUUCCAAGAACAAUUACACUGUAAAGACUUGAACUUUUCUGGUUUUUACCUCAUACGUUGAAGGUGGAUAUGAGAAGUGGAAAGAUCUGAAUUACAUGUUAUGUAUAAUGAACAGCCAGGUCAAAGAUCUGAACUUAACUUAAAAUUAUAAAAUUGUUUUAAAUGGGUAAAAGAGAAAAAAAUAUGCAAGGUGUUUACAUAUCAACAAAUUAAUGAAUAUCUGUUAAUCCUUGUUGAAAGGCAAUACACUUAUCUAAGACAUGACGAUCUGCAAGUGCAUUGAUAGUGUACGAAAACACAUGUUGUUACUCUCAGAUAUAUUCUUAAGAAUUUUAUUCGCAUUUAAAAGAACCAUAUAUAUAUAUCAAGUGAUUUCUGACAGAAUUUAUUAAUGACUUUUUUAAAGUUGAAUAAGAAGACAUUACAUCCCGUAGAGAAUGUGUGUUGUUUUAGAUAUUAAACAUAUUCCCUUGAGUAUCAGAUCUCGAUGGGUGACAGAAGAUAAAGUAUGUGUUUUCAUUAAGUGUAUAUAUGUACUAUAUAUGCUUAUUUAUGAGAAAAUAUGCACGUUAAAAGAUUUGCUACAGAGAUGUGUUUUUCACGAGUAAUUUCCACACAGUCAAGAAUUUUCAAGGAAGCGGUGAUGAUUCGUUUAUGGUCAGCUUUACGAACGAUUGCACUACUUUGUUAAAGGCCCUUCUUAAGCAGAUAAAUAUUGACAAAAGUUUGGCAAAGGUUUUACAUAAUAUUUAUAUAAUAACUUUGUCAAUUUUUGUCAUACGUCCUUCUAUAUUUGCCUAGUUAAUGGCAUUUAAAGAAUCAGUCUUGACACGAGUGAGAAUCACAGGAUUCGCCAGAGAUGACUGGUUGACAUGUCACUGCCGCUCGAUAUGUCCCCACAAUAAGUAUACAGUAAAUGUCUUUAUAUAAUAGUAAUAGUAAGAAGAAAGUGACUUGUCCGAGAACAAAACUGUCGACCCUUGGUAUUCCCUAAUUUUAGGCAAUUCGUCCUCGUUGAAAUAACUUCUAGUCAAGUUAUUUUGUCAUUGUUUGACAUUUCUUGCUUACCCGUCCUUCAACUUACAGCCCCUGUGCUACCCGUUCCUAAUCCAUAUUUCUCAGUACUUCCUAAAAUUCCACUUUAUUCUAAAGUUUUAUUUUUACUCCUGUUAUAUAUUUUUGUACUUUCCAUUUUUGCCUCGAAUUAUUUUAUUCUUCUCCUACGUGCUUACAGUGUUUCACUUUUCGUGUCGUUAAGUCCAUUAUCCGCCCUUCCAUAUUAGGCUAGAGUUCUAUGUUGAAUUUUGUUUAUUUCUAACUAGCUUACUCUGCAACCUUUUAGUUUUAACUUUGCCUUCGUACUUCUUAGUCUACCUAACCCAUGCAGCACUCAGAAGUUUUGUUCAAAACUUUGAUUUUAAUCUGUACAAUAAUUUUCAGCUGUCCUUCACAGAAGGAACAGGCUAAAAUCGGUAUAUUACUUUAUGGCAAGAUAAGAAAUGUAAAAAAAUAACCGAUAUUUUUAUUUUUAUGUGGGUGUAUGUAUGAAUACCUCCGUCAGGCAAUAGACACCUUUGCCUACGUGGACACACAGGCAUCAACCCUCUAUAGCCAAAGGGAAACUUGCAGAACAGGUUGCAUAAUUUGGGGCUCGACCACAACCAUGUCAUAAACCUAAGUCUGAAGUUGAAAACCGAUUUGAUCAGCAAAAUGUUGUGAAUAUGAUUUCCGUUUGAAUGUAAGCGUUUAAAUUUUUUUAAAUUAUUGUAUAAAAGCUAAGCAUGGCAGUAGAAGCAAACUAGACAUAGCAUUGUAAGUGGCUGUAGAAAAAAAAGAACAGGACAUCUAUCAAGCUUCAGCAUUUUCAGGCGAGCAUAACCUGGGUGUGGAUAAUGAAGGGUGUAUGGACUUUCACGUCUUCUGUGUGAUGACAGAAUUGUGUGUUACCGAUAAAAGGUCCGCUGUAUUUCAUGGGUGCGCUACUGUGACUGUCAUGCAUAAUGUGUAAUCUGCUGUAUUACUACACUAUCGUCGACUAGUAAAGUGUGUUCUUAUGCCA